AAGUUGCUGUGUUAACGCGGCACAAUGUCAGUUGAGGCUGUAUCCGUGCCCGAUGCCGCCAACGAUUCGGUUCAACAGAUAAAUGCAGACGAACCACAGAGCUCUACUCACGAGCUUCAGAGCAAAAUCAGUAGCGACAACAAGGUCCAUCACGUUGACGACAAAACCGCUCAAGACUCACCGGAAAAGAGUAACCGGGUAACGAACAAUGCAGCAAACGCCAGGGCUAAAUCAGAAAGCUCCAAUGGCUUUAGUCCAAGCGCCAAGCAGGGCUCUGAACAUCAAUCGGAAGGUACACACAAGGUUGAGUUGAUAGCGAAGGAUCUCCACGCGACAGUAAAAUGGUAUAAUGGGCAGAUGCAUUACGGUUUCCUGGUUCGAACGGAUACCCAGCGCGAAGUGUUUGUACACCGAAAUUCUAUUGUGAUGUCGGUUGGCGAACCUCCAUGGCUUAACAGGAACCAGUCAGUAACAUUCGACUUAUGGACGCUGCCUUGUGGUCGCUUCGACGCAAAGAACGUUCGAUCAGCCAACGGUCAACCCAUCACGUUCGGCGAUCCGGGAGCAUCCAAUCUGUCAGGGUCGCACAGGCCCCCACUUCAACACCAAACAUCGCCAAGUAAUCAGCAUUUUCGUCGGCAACAGCCAGGAUUUGCCUACGGCAGGCCCCAACUUCGUAUGCCCAUUCACGGACAGUACGGUUACUACUGUCCAGUGUGUGGUCGCUUAUUUGACUAUCCUUUAUUUGGUGGUAGAUUUCGCGGUAGCUUCAAACCUCUUGGCGGCAUGAAUAGCCCCAGAAUGAGUGGGCGUACCUAGGUCUGUCGUGACCCAUCAACAAACUCUUCUAAAUCCUAUGAGCUAACAGUACGCUACCUAUUAACUUUAGACAUAGGAACAGUUUGCAGUUUUUCAAAAAGAAGAAGCAAUGGAUGUGGUUUUGUAAGUUUCGUUCAUGAAACUUCUUUUAAAUUAUCUUGUGUAUUGUGAAUACCUUUAUCGAAUUUUUAGCGGUAAACUUUUUGGUUAACGUAUUUAUAUUCAGAAGGAAAGUCAUGACAAAACGAAGGAAAGUAGCUCCUUCUCUGGAAAAUAAUUCAGUCCUUUAACAUAUUCGAGUUCCUGAUCACUGCAGCAACAACUGCGUUGCAACAGACGCAUUUGUUUCGCAGUAGGGCAAAGCAAAACAUGCCGAGUUUGAUGUAGCUUGUGGAUAUGUAGUGCAAUAGCUGCUUAAUAGCAGCCGGCAGUGAUAACAAGGACGGAUUUAUUCUGGAGAGGGGAAUUCAAAAGCCAGAUGUCAUGCGCGCGCUUGUAGCGUGCCUUAUAGUUUUCAA